AUGGUAUACUACAAAGUAACAUUGUCGUUAAUUCCUUCCCUUUUGUUCGUUUUAUUGUUGAUAAGGUAAGUAAAACAACACACUAACCCCAUAAAUUUAAUUUUGAGAGGCCAUUUUAGAGCAUUUAUUCGAAAGUAGCUUAGAUUUAUAUAAUCGCAACAUUCAUUUCCCACAUUAAACACUUUAUAGUUUCAUCAAAACCUGCCAACAGAAAGUGGAACGGAUCGAAGCUAUUCUCGUCAAUCAAAUUUCCGAAUUCAAAGGUUUUGAGGACGUUUUUUGGGCCAAAGCGAUACGAACGAAAAGACAGACUAGAUAUGAAUACGCUUUUUGUGAGUGCAAUCGGGUCAACACUUGUCUACCCGGUCCUGCAGGUCCACCUGGUCGUCCAGGACUAAACGGAAACAAGGGACCCUCAGGCAGUCUGGGCCCGCGCGGGGAACCAGGUCAAAUAUGGUUAGACGCAUUCUUCCCCAUAAAUGGCUGUAGAGUUUGUCCUGAUGGUCCCAAAGGUUUACGUGGACUAAUCGGACCUCCUGGUACUACAGUACGUUGUUUUCCUAAGACACUAAAAUUUUAAUGUCACCUCGAAAAUGGCCACUGUUUAAAAACUAUAAAGAUCGGUAACAAUUCACGUUAUAAAAGCAAUCAAACAUUUCUAAUCGUUUUUAUUAGGGCCCCACUGGUCGAAGCGGUAAUUUCGGCAUACCGGGAAAGCCAGGACUCAAAGGUCAAGUAGGAUCAAAAGGAAUGGACGGAGUUGUGGGGCCAGCAGGUGCAAACGGUAAGACUCAUGGUGUAAAAACAUCUUUUUAGGGCUUCGAGGAAAGACUGGCUUGGGAGGAGUAAAAGGCUCUCCAGGCCCAACAGGUAUAAAGGGGUACAAAGGCAUUCAAGGCUUCCCGGGUGAGCCAGGAAAAACCGCUAUUCCAGGCAAGCCAGGGCCGGUAGGAUUGCCAGGUGCACGUGGUGAUGUUGGUAGACAUGGAACACAAGGACGACCAGGUACGAAUAAAUACUGUUUACUCAUCAUUAACAAUUUCGAGUUUAGCAGCUCACCUUAAUCAUAAUAACAACGUCUAGACUAGCACUUGUGUCAUGUCAUUUAGUUUAUUAUAAAAUAUUAUAGGUACCCCGGGUAAUCCCGGAAGAGCUGGUGAUCCGGGUCAUGAUGCUGACUACUGUAGGUGUCCGCGCCGUUCUUAA